AUGCGUCCACAUAGUCUUGUGGUUCUCUUCACCAUCACAGAUGACUCACUAGGUGCUGUUACUGUAAGACAGUCCUUUCAGCAUCUAGGUCUAUCUCAAGCUCUUGCUGGUUCCAGUCUAACAACCCCUCUAUCAUUAAUCUUCCACUUCAAAAAGCUUUUCAGGCAGUGGAGUCUUAACCUUGCGGCCAACAAUUUGAUGGCCAUACUAGACAAUCACAUAAGCAAGCCCGGUUGGCGUUGCGACAAUGAUGGUGGCAAUGGCUUUUUUGGUGAUGAGUAUUUCAAUGCAGGAUACAUGCAGCAUGGAGCAGAAACAGUGCACUCAGCAAAUCCGAAUAUUCUUGUCGUUUUCUCUGGCUUGAAUUUCGACUUAGACUUGUCUUUCCUUGGAAAUAAAUCAGUGAAUCUCUCAUUCACUAAAAAACUAGUAUUUGAAGCACAUAGGUACGGAUUUACAGAUUUAGCUAUAUGGGAAGGCAAUGAUGUGAACAAAGCUUGUGGAAUCGUGCGAGAUGACAUGACGAGCAAGACAGGAUUUUUGUUGGACAAGGGGUUUCCAUUAUUUGUGAGUGAAUUUGGGAUGGACGAAAGAGAGACCAAUACAAAUGACAACAAAUUCAUGAAUUUCUUCUUGAGUUAUGCAGCUGAACUUGACUUUGAUUGGGCCAUUUGGGCACUCACUGGGAGUUACCACAUUAGAGAGGGAACAACUGAUAUGGAGGAGUUCGAUGGGCUACUUAAUUUUGAUUGGAGCGGUGUUCGAAAUCCAGGAUUUUUGCAGAGGAUCUCCACAAUCCAAUCUCCCUCUAAACGUAUGAAAGCUGGGAAGUUUCAGUCAGCUGUCACUUCUUUCUUCUCUACCUAUUCAGUCAAGAACCAGGAGCAGCCAUGCCCAGACCAUUAA